AUGUAUUUAUUACUAAGUUUUCUAUUUGUUAGUGUAUUAAGUUUUCCUAAUGGUAAUACAAACUCAUCAAAUGAUCAUUUACUUAUCGAACAUAGUGUCACUCUAGAGAGUGCUGAAAAUGCAAUUCAACAUCUUGUUCCAGAUUUGAUGAUAGGAUUCGGAUGCAAAAAAUGUACCGAAAGAGAAAUUGAAUAUUGUUUGUCCAAUGAUGUCAUUGAGGAUCAUUGUUGUUGUCAAAGAAAAUACCAUGAAGUAUUCCCAUACAUUGUACAUACUUGCUAUCUAAGAUCUAGAAAUUGUGAACCUACUGUUCGGGACUGUGGAGUAUUUGAUCGAUUAAUAACUUGUUGUUGCCAUCAUUAUCUUGGAACAAAAUGGAAAAUCAAAAUGUCAUCAUCCAUUAAUGGUCAAAGUCGAAAAAACAAAAACCUGUUUCUUUUUGGAUUUACUUUUUUUCUUUUUAAGUACAAUUAC